UCAUGUCUUGUGAAGGGGCAGUGGUGGCUUGGCAGUAAAGGCUCUGGGUUACUGAUAGUAAGGUCGGAGGUUCAAGCCCCACUGUUGGGCCCCUGAGCAAGGCCCUUAACCCUCUCUGCUCCAGGGCACUAUAUCAUGGCUGAACCUGCACUCUGACCCCAGCUUCCUGACAUGCUGGGCACAUGCUGGUACGUUAUUUUGCAAGAGGACAUGAGGAUGUCUGCAGCAAGACAACGUGCCACGUGACAUCCCACGAGGUUUCAUGGUUCUGAGCUACAGACUUGAAGACUUUGGAUUGGAUUCUGUGUCACUCAAUGCCCAUGUCUUGGGGUGAAGAAGGAGAAGAAGAAGAAGCCUAGUACAGGAACUUAACUGCGGUCUCUCAGUGUGGAGAGGCUUUUAGUCUGAAACGCUGCGAUGGAGAAGAUGGCCUCCGUCGGCACCGUCAGUGGCCGAACCAUGUUCUGCCUCCUGGAUGCUCCAGCCAAUGCCAUCAGCGUGUGUCGGGAUGCCACGCAGGUGGUGGUGGCUGGGCGCAACAUCUUCAAGAUCUUCGCGCUUGAAGAGGAAGGCUUCGUGGAGCGGCUGAACCUGCGCGUGGGCCGCAAACCGUCGCUGAACUUCAGCUGCGCUGACGUCAUGUGGCACCAGGCCGAUGACAGUCUCCUGGCUACGGCGGCCACCAACGGCGCGGUGGUGACGUGGAACCUGUCGCGGCCGUGUCGUAAUAAGCAGGAGCACCUUUUCGCCGAGCACAAACGCACCGUCAACAAGGUGUGCUUCCACCCAAGCGAGGCGCACAUGCUGCUCUCCGGCUCUCAGGACGGCUUCAUGAAGUACUUCGACCUGCGCAAGAAGGAGAGCGUCAGCACCUUCUCCGGUCAGUCGGAGAGCGUUCGAGACGUGCAGUUCAGCACGAAGGACUUUUUCACGUUUGCGGCGUCAUUCGAGAACGGGAACGUGCAGCUGUGGGACAUCCGCAGACCUGACCGUUAUGAGAGGAUGUUCACUGCUCACACCGGCCCCGUGUUCUGCUGUGACUGGCACCCUGAGGACAGAGGAUGGCUAGCGACGGGUGGGCGUGACAAGAUGGUGAAAGUGUGGGACAUGACGACCAACCGCGCCAAAGAGAUCUACUGCGUGCAGACCAUCGCCUCGGUGGCGCGGGUCAAGUGGCGGCCAGAGCGUCGCUGGCACCUGGCCACGUGCUCCAUGAUGGUGGACCACAACAUCUAUGUUUGGGACGUACGCCGGCCCUACAUCCCAUUCGCCACCUUCGAGGAGCACAAGGACGUCGCCACGGGCAUCGUGUGGCGCAACCAGCACGACCCCGACGUGCUACUCUCCGGCUCCAAAGACAGCACGCUGUACCAGCACAUGUUCAACGAUGCCAGUCGGCCAGAGGUGCGUGCCAACCCCGAGGGCCUCAGCUUCGGUCUGUUCGGAGACCUAGCCUUCGCCGCCAAGGAGAGCCUGAUGGCGGCCGACGGCGGGCGCAAGCCGUGCCCGGGCGGAGACCGCCGCUACCCUAUCUUCUUCUUCAAGAAGCACGACGUAAUGGAGCGCUUCGCACAGGUCUCCAGUGUACUCAGUGUUUUCGAGUGCGAUCCCGAUGGCGGCGGCGCCAGGAUGGACUGGUUCAUUGAGACGGCGUCCAGGUACCAGCUGAGCGGGAGACCCUUUGCUGAGCUCUGCGACCACAACGCCAAGGUCGCCAAGCAGCUCAACAGACCUCAGGUGUCGACCACGUGGACCAUGCUACGGAUAAUGUAUUCCGACCCGGGUCACCCAACACCACCGGCUAAUCACAACAUGAGUAAACUGGGUAACAUGCCCCUCAUGAACAGUUUCAAUACAAAGGAUAUGAGUGCUGCUCUGAACGAGAGAAACAAAGAGAAUAGACAGGACACCCUGGAGACAAACCUCAACAACGACGAGAACGAAGAAACGGAGGGAAGCGACGGUCAGGCCGAGUAUCUGUUUGGAGAGGCCGAGUUGGAUGACGACGACCUGUACAGCGUGGAGCACGACAAUCAGGCAGCAGAGGAGGCGGAGUUUUCUCUCCCCCAAGAGGCGUUCCCGCUGCGGCACGAGAUCGCGGAACAUGCGCCGGCACCCGAGCUGCUGGCCGAGAAAGCCGAGUCUCCGCAGGCAAGCGGCGGCGAGACGGAGAGCGUGUGCCUGACGCCCAUGGAGUCGUUCAGCCUGAUCUCGGUGUCGCAGUUGCUCUUCCAGCCACGCCUGCUGCCCGGCUUCUUCAACGCCAUCGUCAAGGACACGCUGGCCUACUACGCCGAGCAGGGUGACGUCCAGAUGGCCGUCUCCGCGCUCAUCGUCCUCGGCGAACGAAUCCGCAGGGAGAUUGACGAGCUCACACAGGAACACUGGUACAUGUCCUACAUCGACCUGCUGCAGAGGUUCGAGCUGUGGAACGUCAGCAACGAGGUGAUCAAACUGAGCACGUGCAGCGCCAUCACAUGUCUGAACCAGGCGUCCACCACGCUGCACAUCAACUGCAGCAACUGCAAACGACCCAUGAGCAACAAGGGCUGGAUCUGUGACAGGUGCCACCAGUGCGCGAGUGUAUGUGCAGUGUGUCACCACGUCGUGAAGGGUCUGUUCGUGUGGUGUCAGGGCUGCAGCCACGGCGGCCAUUUGGAGCACGUGAUGGAGUGGCUCAAGAGCUCCAACCACUGCCCUGCUGGGUGUGGACACCUGUGUGAAUAUGCCUGACACACACACUCACACACACACACACACUCGCGCACACACACUAUAGUACAUUUUAGAAUGUCAGUGUGUGCUUAUGAAUGAAAGUGCUGCUACGGACAAUGAAUGACCCUCUCAACCACACACACACACAUACACAGAUAUAGCACCAGCCACAAAGUGUAUUUCUGUAAGAUACCCUUCUUCUACAAAAAUACUUUUGUUCUACUUUAAAAUGUUGCAUUGUCAUAUACAAAUCUGUAAAAAAAAAAAAAAAAGAAAAAUGUUGUGAAUAUUUUUUUUUCAGUUGUUUCCAACAGACACUGUAGCAAUAAAGUGCGUUCCUUCUCCCUC